AUGCCAUUUGAUCACGUUUUGAGUCACGUCAGACAAGUAAGAAGAUUUUGCAUCGCAAAAAUUGCUAUGCAGCUGAAGUCGAAUGUUAAUGAUCAGAAGAAGGAAAGAAAAAAUGAAAAAUAUCUCAAGACUCACCAACACUACUAUCAGAUCUCGAUGGAUAUUUUACACUAUCAAACAUACUAA